AGGGUUCAUGAGGAUCAAAAACUUGUGAACCAAAAAUCACGGUGCGCCUGCGCGCCAUUUCUGUCUUGUUCAAAAACUUUCUUCAUCGUUUCCUUUCAGAACUUUCGAACGUUUUAGAGGGAACUGAAACAACAAUAAUAGCAAGUGAGAUCGUAGAUGUCUUCAUCGGAAAAGGAUACCAAGGAAGCUAGGGAAUUUGCGUCUGCGGUUCUCACUGGCACUGUCAUUGGAAGGACCCUACAGGAUGCGCUGCGGUCACUAAGUGAGGAGGAUUCCGACGAUCACGCGACUGAUGAAUACGCUACAAAAUCCGAUGGGACACAAGCCCGCGCAGAUGGAAUCGACGAAGAUACAGAAGAUGGCGGCGAUGGGGAUGGAGUUCAGGAUGAGAAGUGUGCUGUUCGCAUGGAUAGUCAGAGUAUGAAUCGAAUACUGAAAUCCUUUCAGGAAGCAGUUGUGGAAAGUCGACUAUGCCACAAACCCGACAAUGGCAAGGCCCCUCGAGGUUUGUUAAAGGGCCGGUGCGACUACUUUAAUAGGUAUGGACAAAACUGGAUGGUGUUGAUGGAUGAAGUGCAAAUCAAAGCGAGACCCCAGAAAUUUACGAAGCGGAGAAGAGACGACAGACCUUCAUUAUGGGAUCGUGACGAUGAUAAGACAGCAAAAACAACCAAAAAAGAAAUCGUUGUAAAAGAAAAGAUGCAACUCCUUGCCUAUGGCGAUAUAUCGUAGCGCUUCUCAGUUUGCGUGCAAAUUGCAAGGUUCGGCAUAAAAAUCUAGUCAUCAU